UCUAGGCAGAAUCAGGCCCUGUGCCAGAAUAGGCUUUAGUUGCUUUAGUUUCCAGGUUCACGCUGACCUGCACUCAUACACGAUGACUUCUGCUGGAUCAUGGAGGAGGCCUAGGAUGAAGGUUUAUGAUUACAAUCAGGAGUUCGGGGGUAAUUAUUAUCAGCCGAUGAUCCAGUACUUGAAUAAGAAGGAGAUCUAUGGACCUUACCACACUAGGACACCAGUAUACCUACCACACAGUGCUGAGGUCACAUCAGACAAGUUUAACAACAUGCGGUAUACUGAUAAAUCGUCGGCCAAACAUAAUCUGGACGAUUUCUUGAAAAAUGCGUACAGAAAGCAGAUCAAAGAGACCAAUGGCACAACAGCUGCAGUACACUACAAUCAGCUUCAUGACGCUGGUGGGCGGAUGUGUUCACCCUACUCUGACCGCCAACUACUCGGAUGUUUUGCUAAAAAUGACAGAUGCAGAAAAGAAUAUCUAAGAGAACUGUCAUUACUUCAAUCACAGAGGGAGAGAGAGGAGAGGGAUGAGAUGGGAGAAUCCUUAUACAACGAGAUCAAACAACGGAAUAGACUAGCAAGGAUAAGGGAUGCUUGCAGGGAUAUGAUGAACCACGAAACCCCCAGUUUCUCUCUAAACAUGGAUUCAGCAGAACUAGAACCAGAUUACACUGAACGAGAUCCACUGAACCCAGAAAUGAGAGAUCGUCUUGAAUCUGCUAGACAGGGUUUGAAUUCUGAAAUACUUUCAGCUCCUUGGCUGGGCAUAUAGAUUUCAAUACAGUGUGUUCCAAAACAUCAUUCUUCUGAACUCUGAAUUCUAUAGAAUUAUGCUAAAUACUAAAUAGUGAACCUAUAUAUUUCUUCUCUUGUUCCUGUCAUUUCCCGGGCAGAUGCUUAGUUACUUAACCCUUUGUUGAUAUUCCUGCAGUACAGUACAAUGCAGUUAAUAUCAUCCAACCUUGUAAAUGAGACAGCAAGCAAUGGCACGUGUGAAUAUAAUUAAAUCCAUCGUUAGUGAUCGCAGGCAACCUCACUCACCACUCGACAACGUUAAUACUCCAUACAAUCCCAUCAGGUAGGAUCUCUUUAUUCAUGUA